CAGAGCCGCUGUGCCAGUUCCAAGUCUGCAAACACAGUCCUUGCAUGUACAGUGAGGGACACAGACAAGAGGCACAGAACACAGAGAGAAAGAGACAAGCUGGGCCUUUGUUAACAUUGUACUCAGCACCUUUACAAAAGGAUUGUGCAGUGGUUCAGGCCCAGCCCAGUUGAAAAAAGCACCCAAAGAGGGUGCAGCCUGAGCCCCACUGACAUUCUGGGAAUAUAUCCCGUGGUUUGUGAAGUCUCUAGCAGUGGCUGUUAGCCUCUAACUCAGCACAAUGCUUGGCUCUCAUAGACUGUUCUUGCUGUUUUCCACUUCUCUGCUUCUGGCUCCAGCGUUCAGCUCAGACACUUCAAAAGUAUCAAAAAACAGAAAGAGAGGUCACAAUAAGGGUAAAGAAAUUCCUGGUACGCCUUAUGACAAAGUCACAGGAAAGGCUUCUCCUGAUCCUGUUCUAGGGGGGAACUCAUUUGCUCCCUCUCAGAUGUAUAGUCUGGUGGAAGAUUUCGAACAGAGUCUAAUGGAGAUGGUGAGUCAGUUAAGAAAUAGCUCUGAGCCUUCUGGGAACCGCUGUGAAGUGAAUCUGAGGCUUUGGCUCUCAAACAUGAGAAGCCUUUCACCCUGGGCGUACAGUAUUAAUCAUGAUGAGAACCGCAUUCCAGCUGAUAUCCCAGAGGCACGUUGCCUAUGCACAGGGUGCAUUAAUCCAUUUACCAUGCAAGAGGACCUUAGUAUGUCUAGUAUCCCCAUCUAUAGUAAGAUUCCUGUAAGAAGGAGGCUAUGUGAAGGAAGCGUCCUUGGACUCAGACCACGAAGAAGGAAGAAGUGCCAUAAAGAGUACAUAGCAGUUAUGGAGAAUAUUGCGGUUGGCUGCACCUGCAUCUUCUGAGAACACCUCUUCUUCCCAGAAAUGUAAACACACCUUCAUUGCAGGAAAAUGUCAACCUAAUAACAGCACACCACGAUGUUUCAUUAUAUGACCACUACUCUUCUUUCAGCAUGCACCAGUAUGUUAAUGUCAGAAUUUAAGUUCCCACACAACUACAUAACUAAGAAAAUCCUGGGUUUAGCGUUUUCACCAAUGGAAAUGCCACCCCCUAACACUACAAAUUUUGGACUUCUUUUUUUUUGUUCAGUGAAGAAGGUUUUUGUAAUAAAUACAGUGCAUUCAAUAUGUGAAUAAGUUCAGAGCUGAAGUUUCAAGUUUCUAUUACUAAAAAAAUUAAACCCAGGAUUCCUCUUUGUUAUGUUGUUUUUCUGAUAUCUUCAACUCUGACAUUUUUUAAUUUUUUUGCUACAUUAUUUCUUGCUUUUUAAAGACAUGUAUGAUAAUUUAUAAUUUGCUUAAAUGUAAUAUAGCAAGUUUAAUUUGUAUGCAACCUGAUAUGUACAUGUAUUAGACAUUCAGAACAUUACAGUAUAAGUUCUGCUACCUAUUAAAAAUGUAAAACAUCUUAA